AUGUCUCUCGCACGCCAUGUCGACCCAGAUGAGAUUGUUGAUAGUCUUCAACAUAUGCACAUGAAAGAAGCUGGUAAAAAGCAUCUACAUACCAAAGGAGGAACCUCUCAUAUCACCCCAUACUCUACUAGAUAUGCUUCCCAACAAGAAAUAUCCAAAUUUAAAAUACCACAAGACGGCGCACCCGCUGAUGCUGUUCAUCAAAUCUUGAAGGAUGAACUAGAUCUUGAUGGUAGACCUAACUUGAAUCUAGCGAGUUUCGUCGGUACAUACAUGGAAUCUCAUGCUGAACAAUUGAUGUUCGAAAAUAUCUCCAAAAAUAUGUCUGACGCGGAUGAAUACCCAGCAAUGAUGCAAAUGCACGCAAGAUGCGUUUCCAUUAUCGCAAAUCUCUGGGGAGCGCAAAAGGGAGAGAAAGCGAUUGGAUCUGCAACAACUGGUUCCUCAGAAGCCAUCCAUCUUGGUGGAUUAGCUAUGAAAAGACGUUGGCAAGAAAAACGUGAUGCUGAAGGAAAGGAUAAAUCCAAGCCCAACAUCAUUAUGGGUGCCAAUGCUCAGGUAGCUCUGGAGAAAUUCGCCCGAUACUUUGAAGUUGAGGCUAGAAUCCUGCCAGUCUCUGAAGAAUCAAAUUCUAGACUUGAUCCAAACUUGGUGAAAGAAAAUAUCGAUGAAAAUACCAUUGGUAUCUUCGUCAUUCUAGGAAGCACGUACACCGGCCACUACGAACCAGUUGAAGAAAUAUCCAAGAUCCUGGAUGAAUACGAAGCCAAGACCGGCAUUGAUAUUCCAAUUCAUGUCGAUGCGGCGUCAGGAGGAUUUGUGGCUCCAUUCACACAUGCCAAAGCUGGUGGUGCAAAAUGGAACUUCGAGCUCCCGCGAGUCAAAUCUAUCAAUGUAUCCGGUCACAAGUUUGGUCUAGUAUAUGCAGGCGUUGGAUGGAUUAUCUGGCGCGACGAGUCGUAUCUCCCCAAACAUCUCAUUUUUGAACUCCAUUAUUUAGGUGGAACAGAAACAUCCUACACUCUCAACUUUUCUCGACCAGGUGCUCAAGUGAUUGCUCAGUACUAUAACCUUAUUCACCUUGGCUUCAACGGUUACCGUCAAAUCAUGGAAAACUGUCUGAGCAACGCCCGUCUCCUCUCCAAAUCUCUCGAAGCCACAGGAUGGUACACAUGCGUUUCUGAUAUCCACCGCAAGAAAGGCGAACAUAAAGCUCAGGGCCGAAGCGCUGCCGUCUUCUUUACCGAAGACGAAACAUCCGCCGAUUAUAACGCCGGUCUCCCCGUCGUCGCCUUCCGCUUCUCAGAUGAAUUCAAGAAAGAAUUCCCACACAUCAAGCAAGAAAGUGUCUCCAAUCUUCUACGCGCCAAACAAUACAUCGUCCCGAACUACCCGCUUCCUCCCAACGAAGAAAAUAUUGAGAUUUUAAGAAUAGUCGUUAGAGAAAGUAUGAGUUUCGAUCUUCUAGAUCGACUAAUUGCGGAUAUUUGUUCGACGACGCAGAAUUUGAUUGAUAAUGAUAAGCAAGAUUUGAGUAUGUUGAAUGAACAUUUGAGUAAGGGACAUGGAAGCGUGGAGAAAAAUCAUGGAAGUUUGGGUCAUAGGCAUGGAAAGGGUCAGGGUAAGGGUGGAGAAAGACCAAUGAGUCAUGGUGUUCAUAGGGCGGUUUGCUAA